AUGGCCACAGAAUUUGAAACCAAGCUCAAUGAGCUGCAAGAAGCCGGAACAUUGCCUGGAGGAGUUUACAUCGCUGCGGAUGCUUCUGGCAGAUUCACCUACACUCACCAGUUCGGCGUGUCUACUGCCUCGCCAACGGUCAACCGCAAGCCUGCUUUCACGCCUGAUACCCGCUUGGUCGUCGCAUCAUGCACGAAGCUGUCCACCGCUGUCGCGGUAAUGAAGGUCGUGGAAGCCGGCAUGGUCACCUUGGACGAGGACCUUCGUAAAACCAUCCUUCCAGAACUAGGCGAGCUCCAGAUCAUCGAAAGCAUUGACCAGAACGGAGUUCCCGUCCUUAAGCCCAACGAUCACCCUAUCACAUUGCGACAUCUUCUCACCCAUACUUCUGGUCUCGGUUACGAUCUUGUAGACCCGCCGCUGAUGGCGUGGCGUGCCCACACUGGUACACUCCCAUGGACUGGGCCUACCAUUCCAGCGCGAAUGUCUGUACCGCUGCAAUUUGCUCCUGGGACGGGCUGGCGGUACGGUGUUGGGGCUGACUGGGCUGGUCUCGUUGUGGAGCGCGCAAGCGGCCAGGAGCUAGACCAUUUUCUGCAGGAAAAUGUCUGGAAGAAAUUGGGAGUUACUAAAGCGACCUUUUGGAGGCACAGAAUACAAAAAGAGCAAGCCGCGGCGGGCCACGAGGUGGAGGGCGAGUGGGCCGAGGAAGCCAUGUUGAUCCCGCCACAGGCAGCUGGCGGUGCAGGUGGUGGGCUUGACAUGGGAGUGGCGACGAAGUCAGACGCGCUCCCUGUAGCAGUUCCACUGCAAGGGUUUGACAUGCUUGGUGGGCUGGAAAAGCCGUCUGGUGGGGGUGGUCUAUCUUGCACAGCGGCAGAGUACCUCGCUUUGCUCAAGGCCGUUCUUACGAAGGACCCGAGCGUUUUGGGCGAGACAUCAUGGGAUGAGCUGCUCAUGCCUCAAGUAGGCGAAGGUAGACCAGUGGGCAUAGAAGCAUGGAACAGCCUGAACAGAACGCUCAAAGAAGACGACCAAUGGGAUGUCAAUUGCGGGAUGAACUUGCCGAGGAGUAUGAACAAGAGCCUAAGUCUGGCAGGUCUAGUGAGUGAGGACGUGUUUGAGCUUGGUAACGGGGCGAAAAUUAGCAAAGGCACUGUGCUUUGGGGAGGUAUGACGGGGAUGACUUGGUUUGUCGAUCGCGAAAACGGUCUGUGUGGCCUGGCAGCUCCGCAAGUUUUCACAUUUGGUCAACGCCCGCUCCAUGACCUGAACGCACUUUGGCUUCAGCAGAUCUUCAAGUGGCACCGCGACCACAAGGAUCAAGCUGUAUCUGCAUUGUCAAGGCAAGCAUGA